UUAAGUUCUCAGGAAACGAAACUCACACAGGCACAGAUGCUGAGAGGUAAAAUGGCACAGAAAGGAGUUCAGCUGCACCCAGAAAGCUUCUCUUGUUCAAUCUGUUUGGAUAUACUAAAGGAUCCGGUCACAAUUCCCUGUGGACACAGCUACUGCAUGGACUGCAUUAAAACCCACUGGGAUGAAGAGAAGAAGAGAAUCUGCAGCUGCCCUCAGUGUAGGCAGGCCUUCACACCGAGACCUCUCCUGGUGAAAAGCACAAUGUUAGCAGAGUUAGUGGAGGAGCUGAAGAAGACCGCACUCCAAGCUGCUUCUGUUUAUCAGGGCUGUGCUGGUCCUGAAGACGUAGCAUGCGAUCUCUGCACAGGAAGAAAACUAAAAGCUGUGAAGUCCUGUUUGGUGUGCCUGGUCUCUUACUGUGAGCAGCACCUUCAGCCUCAUUAUGAUGUGGCUCUUUUAAAGAAACACAAACUGGCAGACCCCUUCAAGAGGCUCCAGGAGAACAUCUGCUCUCUUCACAGUGAGGUGAUGAAAAUUUUCUGCCGUACUGAUCAGCAGAGUAUCUGUUAUGUCUGCUCUUUAGAUGAACAUAAAGGCCAUGAAACGGUUUCAGCUGUAGCAGAAAGGUCUGAGAGGCAAAGAGCGCUCGAGGUGAGUCGACUGCAAAUCCAGCAAAGAAUCCAGCACCGAGAGAAAGAAGUGAAUGUGCUUGAGCUGGAGGUCAGGGCAAUGAGUUUCUCCGCCGAUAAAGCGGUAGAGGACAGUGAGAAGAUGUUCACUGAGCUGAUUCGUCUCAUCCAGAAAAGAAGCUCUGAUGUAAAGCGGCAGAUCAGAUCCCAGCAAGAAACUGAAGUGAGUCGAGUCAAAGAGCUUCAGGAGAAGCUGGAGCAGGAGAUCGCUGAGUUGAAGAAGAAAGAUGCUGAGCUGAAGCAGCUCAUAGACACAGAGGAUCACAAUCUGUUUCUGCACAACCAUCCUUUACUGUCACCACUCAGACAGCCUACAGACUCAUCCAGCAUCAAUAUCCGUCCUCUGAGGUACUUUGAGGAUGUGAAAGCAGCUGUGUCAGAAACCAGAGAGAAGCUACAGGAUAUCCUGAGUGAGACAUGGUCAAACUUCUCACUCAUAGUCACUCAAGUGGAUGUUUUACUGUCAGUUCCAAAACCAGAGCCAACGACCAGAGCUGGAUUCUUAAACUAUUCACGUGCAGUCACCUUGGAUCCAAAAACAGCAAACAAAUGGCUGCUCUUAUCAGAGGGGAACAGAAAGGCAACAUUAAUGAACCAACAGCAGUCUUAUUCUAAUCAUCCACAUCGAUUCACUGCAUGGUCUCAGGUUCUGAGCAGAGAGAGUCUGACUGGACGGUGUUACUGGGAGGUGGAGUGGAUAGGGAUAGGAUCUCACAUUGCAGUCGCCUACAAAAAUAUUGGCAGAGCAGGGUGGGGGGAUGAAUGUAAAUUUGGACGCAAUGAGAAAAGUUGGGCUUUGAGUUGUCACAAAAAAGCAUAUGAAUUUUGGCACAACAACAGCCACACUUCCACCUCAGGUCCUCACUUCUCCAAAAUAGGAGUGUACCUGGAUCACAGUGCAGGCAUCCUGUCCUUCUACAGUGUAUCUGAAACUAUGACCCUUCUCCACAGAGUCCACACUACGUUCAGUCAGCCGCUCUAUGCUGGAUUUUGGCUUUUCUCAGGUGUGAAAACCACUAAAUUCUGCAAACUCAAGUAGAGAGGAAUCUUUCAUUUGUAGUGGCUUUAAAGUUGUAUUUUACCAUUACUUUCACACUUCAUAAAGAUCAGCUUUCAAUCAAACAUACAAGCUCUUGUAUGCAAUUAGCUAUUAUGCUAUAUGGAAGGUUGUUUCUGCCACUGAAAAACAACAUCCAUAAAAUAAAACCUUGGGUUAUGUAUACUUCCUCAGUGGCAGAAACAACCUCCCAUAGGCUGCUGCUCUGCAUGAUUAUUUUUAUUUACAAAACUAUUUCUGCACAUGACAUUGUAAACUGCUUUACAUAUUUGCCAAAAAAUUCUUUCACUUUUGCCUUGAAAAUAAAAAGCACAGUGUUAUAUGAGAGCAACACAUUUACAAGAGUAUAAACACAAAUGUUAAGUGAAACACAAAAUCCAAACUGUAACUGAGAUGUUUGUUACAUUUUUCAUUUUUGAAUUUGUCUCCACAUAUGUUGCAUUUCUUAAUUUUUUUUCACUCCUGUAUAAAUGUUGUCUUUGUCGCCCUCUUAAUGUACAGUUCACUUAAAACCAAACAUAGCCUUUGUGUUUUGUUUCUCCAACAUUAGUUUGACAUUAAUGGUAGAGUUUCCUCUAUGAUCUUUCAGUGCUUACACUACACUGUACAUGUCUACUUUAGAGACAUUUCUGAGACUGAGCUGCUUGAGAACAUUUUAGCCAUGGAUGCAAAAGCACAUGGACCGUGCUACAGUUUCCUUUUUCAUAUGAUGGACUGAACACAGGAGGUAUCUGCUUUUGACUAUGCAGAGAUGAAUCUGAUCCCAUUUCUACCUGUGUCUACUGUUUUAUGAUUUCACUGAAGUUUGCUCAACUUUAAUUGUCAGGAUAUAUGUUUACUCCAGCUCUCGUGAUGCAAAGGAAUGAAACAGACUUAUCAAAUGUGCUUCGAUUAGGUGCACAAUGUGAAGUUCAUCAUUUUUCUUACAAAUAAACAUGUAAUGACAAACAUGAA